GUAACACUGGUUACUCACAUCACACGAUAGCCUCGUGAACUUAAAUUAAUCUGAUUAUUAUGUUUGCAUCUGUAAAAUAAGAUCUCACCAAUUCAAAGAAUUUUAUUGUCUGUGACUCAAAUUAGUUUGCCUUUCUAAUAGUUACAAACAUUUUUGAAUAAUACUUGGAAUCAGUUAUUAUUUAAAUUUACCAUCCUAACCAAAGCUCGUACCAGCUCAUUAAGUUAAUCAAAAUGCCUGAAUUAACUGAACUUGAUAAGCCAGCAACAUCUGAAUGUGCAAAGGCUGAGCAAGCUACUACAGCUGGUUCUGCAACUGAUUCAGACUCAGAUGAUACAAUACCUGAGUUAGAAGAUGGAACAUCAGGUUCAGGUGCUUAUUCUGGAAUUGGUAUUCCAGGAAUGCCAAUAGAUGUAUCAAAAACUAAACAAAACAGAGGGGAAAAAAAAGCACGAAAACUCAUGAGUAAACUUGGCCUAAAACCAGUUACAGGUGUUAAUAGAGUGACAAUUAGAAAAUCUAAAAACAUUUUGUUUGUGAUCAAUAAACCUGACGUAUUAAAAAAUCCAGCAUCAGAUACUUACAUCAUUUUUGGUGAAGCAAAGAUCGAAGAUCUGAGUCAGCAGGCUCAAGUAGCUGCUGCAGAAAAAUUCAAAGAGCACCCCAUACCCACAGCCACAGAAGCUAGUGGAAGCAUGACAGCUGUUACUACGAUUCAAGAAGAAGAUGAAGAAGAAGUUGAUGAAACAGGUGUUGAAGAGAAAGAUAUUGAGCUUGUCAUAAGUCAAGCAAGUGUGUCUCGAGCUAAAGCUAUCAAGGCCCUUAAAAAUAAUCAAAACGAUAUCGUCAACGCGAUCAUGGAGUUGACAAUGUGAUAAAUCAACCGGGAACAUAUAUUAGAAGAUGCUUUUCAAAAUUUACGUUACAAAUUAUUUUUUAACAUAUCUUUCUACAUUUCCAAGCACUGUUCAAAAAUGUUCAUUAUAAAUUUGAAAACUUAUUAAUAAGUUCCAUGAACUUAUGUUAUCAUGUACAUACACAUGUCGCAUUAUAUUAAAUAAAGUACAAAAACUUUUUCAAUU